AUGCAGUUACAUGUAUUCGUGGAUGCGAGUGAGUCGGCCUUCGCUUGUGUCGCCUACUUUCGGAUCGUCGAUCGCGGCCAGCCAAGAUGUACAUUGGUAGCCUCCAAGGCGAAAGUUGCUCCCUUAAUCUCGAUGUCCGUUCCUAGAUUGGAACUGCAAGCGGCGGUCAUUGGUAGCCGUUUAGCAAAAUCCAUUGCCGAGUACCACACGAUUCCCGUGCGACACAGAUUUUUCUGGAGCGACUCCACAACAGUCCUAGCGUGGAUAAACUCGGAUACAAGGAGGUAUCGCCAGUAUGUAGCAGUGCGUAUUGGAGAGAUCUUAGAAGAAACGGAACCUGAAGAGUGGCGUUGGAUCGGAACAAAGCUUAACAUUGCAGACGACGCUACAAAAUGGGGAAAGGGUCCCACAAUGCAAAUGGAGAGUCAUUGGUUCACUGGACCUGAUUUUCUGAUCCAGUCGAAGAGCAACUGGCCGCAUCAUCGGCCGUUAUCAACGGGCACUAAAGAAGAACUGCGUGCUAUACAUGUACACCGAACAAUACUAAUACAACCAAUUAUCAAGUAUGACCGGUUUUCUAAGUGGGAACGAAUGCUUCGCGCCAUGGCAUUUGUAUACUCCUUUAUGGAUCGUCUGCGGAAACCCGUUAAGAACGAGACCGAAUCGCAAUUGAAGCAAGAAGACUUGGUACGGGCGGAAAGGACGUUGUGGCGGCUCGCUCAAGCAGAAGCAUACGCCGACGAGAUUGCUGCUCUAGAGCAAAUGAAAACGUCCGAAAACAGCAAACCUUUGAAAUUGGAAAACAGUAGUCCUAUCAAACAACUAUCACCGUUUCUGGAUGAGUUCGGCGUCAUACGCAUGCAAGGUCGAACAGAGGCCUGUGCGCUAGCACCGUAUGAUGCGCGGUUUCCUGUAAUAUUGCCAAAAAACCAUCGGGUAACUGAGUUCUUGGUAGACUGGUACUGUAGAGUCGAGCACAUGGCAUUAAUCGAUCAUAGUAGGCACUGGACAGGAGGGACAGUCAGUCUGGGUGAGCGACAACGAAAGGUUGUAUAG